AUGGCUCUCGAGAAAUCGUCGCUCUGUGAACCCUCGAAGAGGGAGGCGUCGACGUCGUUUGUGUUUCUGACGUUUCUGCGCCGGCUCUUCUCCAUCGCACUUUUUCGACCGACCACCGAAUUGUUCCUGUACAUUUUGGAUAGCAUCAUCAUUUUGGUUGUAUUUACUUACCACUCCGUCCUCUUCACAUUCUGGCUUUUCUGCUCACUCUUCAAGCGGAGGAAACGAACCUCGCGGACCACGAACUGUGUCGAUGAUGCCAGCGCUGAUGAUGACUCUGUAUUGAGCGAUGACGGGGGAAGCAACGUGGACUCCGAAGACGAAUUCCGUCAGGAUGUGCCUUCUGUCUCGGCGCUUCCCCGGCGUAUGUCCUUCCCGAGUAGCAACCUGGCAGGAGUGCCUUUCCCGGAAGCCACAGGAUGUCGCCACCAAAUGAUUACCAUUGCAAUGUACUGCAACGAACUUCCUAGUCGAGAGGCACUGAUCCAUAUCUGCCGGAAGCACCUCUUGAAGUACUUUCGCUUCAGAGCAAUUCCUGUGGUUGGUCGGUGGUCGUCUGUGUGGCGGGAAGUCCCUGUGGACUUGUCAUGGCACAUUCGCUCCGCCAGUGUUGCGGAUGAUGCCGCGCUUCACGCCUGGCUCGAAGAUGUCAUGGUCAAAGGUUACUCUUCCGACCACCCUCGGUGGGAAGUACAUUUAGUUGAGAACCGCAGCUGCUCUAGCGGCGCAAGCGUGAUUGCCAAGGGAAAGGGCGAGGCGACUCGUGAAGGUGGAACGGGGCGGGACAGCCGAUGCCCUAAGCAAACGGGCAAAAAGGGAGGUGACGGCGAGACUGCGACCAGCCAUCACGCAAAUUUAAUUCCAAGCAGACAUUUGAUCGCCUUCAGGGUCGACCACUCGAUAGGCGACGGCGUGUCGCUCGUUCAGGCAGCAUCGAAAGUUGUAACGGACGCCGAAGGCGUGCCCCUCUACAUGCGCGGAGCUGUGGAUGCAUUCCGGAAGAACAAUGCAGCGGAAACAAGGUUUAGAUCCCCCAUCAGCUACCUUGUUUACAAGAUCCGAAUGGGCAUCAGUCGAUGGACAACACGUUGGCGUCGGUCGGAUGAGUCGGGAACUCCGAGGCCGGAGCGGCAUCAGACGCUAAGAGAAUUCGCGCAUUUCAUCUACGCUGUCAUCUACUCCUUGAAAGGGCCCCUUAGGGCCUUCGAUGCAGAGACACCAGUGUCCCGUCCGCACUCCUUCCGCAAGGAGUUCGGUCCCCGGUGGAACGGAAAGAGCAAGCUGGCAAAAGCACCGCCGAUCUCGCUCGCGUUUGUCAAGGCAAUUCGCCAGGCUUCAGGAGUGCCUCUCAACGAUGUUUUUCUUGCUGCAUUCGCGGGUGCCAUCAGAAGGUACUGCGCCGCACUAGAAUUCCACGACUUUGAGCAGGGGGAUGCGAACCGGCCUCGUACUUUGAAGGCUCUUCUUGCAUGCGCGUUUGCACGAUCUCUGCAGGCAUGUGAUGAUCCAGAAUUGGCUCUUCGCAACAGAUUUGUUUUGACAUCCAUUGAACUCGCCGUCGCGCAGGCCACUCCAAAAGAACGCCUGGAAGCCACGCACAAGAUCACCCAGUGGAUGAAAAAGUCCAAGCAGCCUCUCGUUGACUUUGCCUGUCAGAACAUCCUCGGCGGAUAUAUUGUGCCAACCGGAAUGCGGAAACAAAUUGCCGCCGACCUCUUCAACAAUCACUCGUUUGUCUUCGCGAAUGUGCCCGCGUAUCCGGAACAUUUCUAUGUUGCAGGAGUCCGCAUCGAGGACAUCCAGGUGGCUUUCGUCAACUUGUUAACUCAGGUUGAAAUUUUGUCGUAUGCUAAUCGAGUGGCGUUCUCUAUGGUCUACGACCCUGAUGUGAUCAAACAAGCAGAUCUUCUACCGCAAUUCUUUGUAGAGGAGCUGUUUGCGCUCGCCAAGGACUUCGAAGUGCCUGUUCCUGUCGAAGACGCUGCCCUCGCGAACUUUGCGAGACAAUCGUAAAUGUGCCCACCCGUUCUAUCCGAUUCAAAGAAACAGUUCGCCCAUCCCACAGAUUUCGUUGUGCAUCAAACUGCAGACACCCUAGAUUCACCGCCAUUUCCUCCCUGCGUCGCUUCUUUCACAGGGAAUUGGGUUUUUCUAUCCGGACUGCGUUCAUGCUGUAGACGCGGCGCCAGGCUCCUUGUGAAUGAGCCGUGACGGAUGCUCCGAUUCUUCUUUUUAGCAAGCCCUAUUGUACCGACUCCAUCUGCCACUUUUUAAGGAAGCGUCUCGCCGCGGUGGGGAGGGGUUUGUGGAAUUGCUGGACUGCGGUUUACGAGCGCUUUUGUCUCACACAGAGGCGAGAAUGUAGCUUAGGCGAGGACUGGGAGCGUUUGCUGCUUGGCUAGAAUUGAGGAAGACCUAAAU